AUGGUGUUUAAACGCAGACAGAAGGCUACAGCGAGGACAGAGAGGAGGAGGAGGAGAGAGCCGCGGUACAGUGAGCUCGUCAGCUCAUCAUUGAAGACAAAACAAGUCUGAAAACCCUCAAAUUGUUGACGGCGGGAAAAGAAACGUAAAAAAUAUGCAUGCUCAGCUGAAUGUGAUUUUCGGUAGGACAAGUGGAUUUCUUUCUAACACCAUUUGAAGACAGGUCGGCGGAGGAUCGGCGCUUCGGCGGAGGAAAGGGACCGUACAGAGAAACGUGGUAGAGUAACCUGUUCACAGGCUGUAAAGAAUCUGUGUUUUUUUUUUAAACAAGAAAAGAACAGAAUUAAUCUUGCCGGAUGCAAGAGGACUUGUCCCUGACACCACGGACUGUAGCUGAACUGUGAACUGUGAAGAGGGGUUAAAAGUUGUCACAUGGAGGAAUAAUAGACGCACCCUGCAGACAAGAGGAUCCGCAUCUUAAUCAUUUGCGUUUUUAAGUGGGAGACGCGAGGAUUUGUUGAAAAGUAGAACCCGGUUACAUAUAGUUUUGUCUGCUUAAAAACGAUCAGAAAGGACGUUUUGUUUUCCAGUUGAAACGAUAUAUUUUGUAUUUUAUUUCUUCUAUCUGGGAUGGUUAAAAUGAGCAAAAGAGCGGAUUUACAUGACUGGGACAAGUUGUGAUUUUUUAUUUUUAUUUCACCGUCAACACAUCAAGCUGUUUGCUUUCAAACAAACAAACAAACAACAAAAAAACAGACUGCAAAACCAAAGACAUAUGUGCUUAAGGAUGCAAGAGCCCUUGAUUUUGAUUUCUGCCUUUCGAUAUAACUGAGAAGAGAAAUACCUCAUAAUUUAUUAUACCUGGAAAGUCAAAGCCCCUUUUGAACUCACAAAGGAAAGUUCAACAUUUUCUUUUGUCUGACUGUAAUUCUGCCUCUCUUUCCUCUCAAUAUUUCAAAAACAAAGCAAAAAAAGGGAACAACACCUUAAUAGUUCCCCGCACUAUCUAGCUAAGGCUUUAGAAUUUUUCCCAAAUAAUGAGGAUUGAGAUGAUAUCAAACCUGUUUUAGAAACUAUUCGGUGUGGACUGUCACCGCUACAAUUACCUCAGCUUGACCUCGACCUUCACAAAGGAGCAGAGUGCAGAAGGUUGGAACAAUGCCAGAUUCACCUGCGGAUGUGAAAACCCAGCCCAGGUCCACCCCACCCACCAUGCCUCCUCCACCCCCGGCUGUCAGCCAAGCAACCAAUCGCAAUGCUUCAUUCACCCCUGCUACCAGUAAAUCAAUGCUGAAUGGGAGCAGCCACUCUCCUACAUCGCUGAACGGUGCUCCGUCCACUCCUAAUGGCUUCAGUAAUGGGCCGGCCAUGUCGUCGACGGCCUCGCUUUCCAACCAGCAGCUCCCACCAGCUUGUGGUGCCCGGCAACUCUGCAAACUGAAGCGCUUCCUGACCACACUGCAGCAGUUUGGCAACGACAUAUCACCUGAGAUUGGGGAGAGAGUGCGCAGCCUUGUGCUGGGGCUGGUGAACUCCACUCUCACCAUUGAAGAGUUUCACUCCAAACUCCAUGAGGCCACCAACUUUCCUCUGAGGCCUUUUGUCAUUCCCUUUCUGAAGGCAAACCUCCCCCUGCUGCAGAGAGAGUUGCUCCACUGUGCCAGGUUGGCCAAGCAGACUCCAGCUCAGUAUCUGGCCCAACACGAGCAGCUUCUCCUGGACGCGAAUGCCAGCUCGCCCCUUGACUCCUCUGAGAUCAUGCUGGAGAUGAAUGAGCAUGGCAAGAGAAGGACCCCUGACAGGACCAAAGACAGCUCAGAGAGAGACGGGUUGCACCCGGAGCACCUGGCUAAAAGGCCCUGCACCAUCAGCCCCAGUCAACGCUUCAGCCCCGGCACAGGUCUUCCUGCUCACCCUCCUCCCAACGGCCUCCCCACACACCCGCCCAAUGGCCUGCCCCACCCACCUAACCCCCAAGUGGGACCCCAACACUAUCGCUUAGAAGACAUGGCCCUGGCACACCAAUACAGGGACGCUUACAGACAUAAUGAACACCGCGACGCCCGAGACAGGCACCGGCAGACAGCAGUGCAUGGAGCCCGCCAAGAGGAGGUGAUUGACCACCGUCUAACAGAUCGAGAGUGGGCAGAGGAAUGGAAGCACCUAGAUAAUCUUCUGAACUGCAUCAUGGACAUGGUGGAGAAGACGCGUCGCUCUCUAACAGUGCUGCGCCGCUGCCAGGAGGCAGACCGGGAGGAGAUGAACCACUGGAUUCGGCGCUACAGUGACGUGGAGGAGAUGAAAAAAGGUGGGAGCAACGGACAGCACUGCCUUCCUCCUCCUCCUCCUCCUCUUCCUCCUCCUACUCCUCACCACAACUCCUCCUCCAACACAGCUAGCAGCAGCGAGGCACUGCCCAUAGGAACUUCCUCGGCUGCUGAAAGGCAGACAGGCAGACAGACAGAGAUCCACAGAGACUUCUUACACAGGCCUCCCUCAGGAUACCUGCCAGAAGAAAUCUGGCGGAAAGCUGGUACUGCAAGCAUCCCACUCUCCCCAGCACUAAAGCACCUCCAAAACAGACAGGAGGAGGCAGUGAAUGAGGUUAAGCGACAGGCCAUGUCAGAGCUGCAGAAGGCGGUGUCAGACGCCGAAAGGAAAGCUCAUGAGAUGAUUUCAGCCGAACGCACUAAGAUGGAGAGGGCACUGGCUGAGGCAAAGAGGCAAGCCUCUGAGGACGCACUAACAGUCAUCAACCAGCAGGAGGACUCCAGUGAAUCUCAACAGAGCUGCUGGAACUGCGGGAGGAAGGCCAGUGAGACGUGCAGCGGCUGCAACACGGCUCGCUACUGCGGCUCUUUCUGCCAACACAAAGACUGGGAGAAGCACCACCAUGUCUGUGGUCAAGGCCUGCAGGGGAUGCCGGGGGGUAGCAGUGUCCCUCUAGGCAACCCCUCCUCCUCAGCAUCCUCCAGUGCGCCCCCCACCCACACGGAGAGCACUCCUCCAGGAGCCUUGUCCUUGGCAGGCCAGAGCAGUAUUGCGGGAGGGGCUGGCAGCGGCAGUGGAAGUCUUUCUGCCAGCCCCAAGGAGAGCAGUUCUAGCAGUGCCUCUCGCUCCACAACUCCAGCUACCCCCGCCCUAUUGGAUGCCACCUCUCGCUGACAUCUGAUCCUUGUCCCUUCCCUGCAUAUUGAUGCGACGGUGCCCACACUCCACACAAAACCAAACUGAGGAAUCUUCAUCACACAUUGUUCCCUUUCCUCCUCCCCUACUUCAGUCCUUCAGAUUUUAUCUUUCUUAUCCUAAGCUCUUCUGAAAAUCUUCUCACUACCUGAUGAUAUACUGUUUUCCUCAAAUGAGUCACCUCCCCCACCCAAAAAACGCUUUUUCUGUCUUUGUCUCUUUCACAACCACAGCCACAAAUACAAAGAUUCCAGCCUGGGGUUCAGUGUAGUGGAGAGCAUGAAAAGUGUCUCCUAUAUCUGUGUUCAGUCACAGAAACAUAUCAGAUGUGUUUGCUAAAAACAAGAGCUUUGACUUGAAGAUGUGACAAAGAUAGGCCCUCAGUAAUGUAAUACUGUCCAUGUAAGGACACAAGACAAGGGCUGUGGUAAGGCAACAUUGAUGGAGGGAUGACCAGGCUGCUUAGCACUUAGAUGAAUUUCCCUUUAAUUUAGCACCAAUGAGAAAACUGUACUCAGUCCUAAGAUAUGCACCACCAGUGCAAACAGUUAUCCACUUAUUCUACAGUGUCCUAAUGGAGACAGGCAAGGACAGAAUACCUUUUUUCAAAUGGAUGAGGGAAGGGGAAAAACCUGUGGUGUGAUUAAUUCCUCAACACAGCUUAGUAUUUAUUAAAUGUUUCUUUCUGGCUUUAAGGGAAAAUAAAGAAAAGUCCAAAUAUUCUAAAUAAAGAAUAGUACUGAUGAUGCUAAUGAUAAUGACGAUAAUAAUGAUAUGAAAAUAAAUUAAUUUUAACUGCUAACUACCUUGCUAGCGAGCCAAGAAAAUCUACACCGGACUCACCUCUCUGCACCAUUGUGAACCCAAAUGAAUUCAAAGAUGAAAAACAACAUGAUCCAAACCUUUGUAUUACACUGCCAAAGUGAGUAAGUAAGCGAUAAGGAGAAGCACUCAUCUUUUAACCAAACGCAAAGCAACAUCACCUCCUCAGCAGAUAAGCCAGCCCUGAGAGGACCAGGCUGCAGAGAAGCUGCAGAACGGGACCCAGUGAUAGUCAGACAUUUAAAAA